AUGUUUUAUUUAUUGUCCCAAAUACUUAAAGAAAUAUAUUAUAUAAAAUAGUAGCUGUUUAAUAAUUUGUUUAUAAGUUAUCAUUCAUAAAUAAGGAUAAUAAGAUGGAAAAGCAAAAUAAAAGUCAUGAAAUUAAACACAAUUUGAGAGCUAAAAGUCCUACAAUUAAAUCAUCUUUACAAGAUUGUAGUAUACCAUAUAAUACUUCAAAUCCUCAAGGAUUAAAUCCAAUUACAAAGGAAAAUCAAGAAAUAAAAGUCUUAACAGAAUCAACUCCAAGUAUUAACCAACCAAAAGUAUUAAAGAAGUUGAAUUUAUUAAGUAAUUUACAAUCAACACCAAAUACUCGGCAUUUUAACAAAUUAGAAAUGGAUUCAAGAAUAAUAAUGAAUCUCAGUCCAAUAAUGUCUACGUCUACUUUAAAACAAAACUUAUAUAAUCAUAAAGAUAUUUAUCAACAUAAAUCACAUACAGACAUCGAUUUUUCAUUGAAUCCACUGAAAUAUCAGAAUUCAUCAAAUCUUUGUAAAAGUCAUGAAUUAAACAAAUGGAAAACAAACAAAACUAUAAUUGAACCAACUCAUAAAUGUAAUACUGUCGAUUCAUUAACAAAAUUAUCUGAAAAUACAAGACAAAUAAAUGAAAAUAAUAAUAAUGAAAAAGCUAAAAGAUGCUUAUUUGAAAAAGAUAAAACAAAUAGUUUGUCUAAUUUAGAAACAGAUCAAGAUUCACUUAACAUUUCUUUGGAUAUAUUGGAACAAGUAUGUCAAAUGUCAGAAAUUUUUGAUGAUAGUUUAACUGAGGAAGUAAAAAAAAGUGUUGAUACUGAUAAAAAAAAAAAAUUAGCAUUUUUUCUUUAUGGAAAUAAUACACCUAAACUUGAUGAUACGGAGGAAGAAAACAAAUUAUUACAAUUGGCAUUAAGUAUGGAAGAUAAUGUAUUGGCUGAAUCUAAAUCAAAGAAUAAAUUAUGUUUUGAAGGAGAAUUUACCUCUUUAAAUCAACUUAAAAAUAAAGAAACAAACGUAUCUAAAUAUGAAAGUGAACAAUCUAAAAAUAAUAAGUUUAACACAUAUAUUAUAAGUGAUUCAAAAUGUAACUUUUUAGAUCCUGAAGAUAUGAAUGACAUUGGAAAUACACAGAUGUGUGAAAUAGCUGAUAUAACAGAACCAUUAGAAUCAUUUGAUGAUCAGUGGUCACAACAGUAUACUAGUAAUGUAUCUAAUUUAAGCAAUAAUGUAAAAGAAAAUAAUUUCCAUGAAGAUUGUGAAGCAGUUAUAAGCACAUCAUUAGAUUUUAUUAACCAUAAGGUUAAUUUAAAAAAAAGUAAUUCAUUAGAUAACAUUAAUGAAAGAUUAGAAAUAUUCCAAUCAAUCAGUAGAAAUGAACUAAAUGAAUCUCCAAUUGUGACUCAAGAUGAAAACAUAACAAAUAAUAAACUAUGUAAAGGUUUCUCAACAGCUGGAGGUAAAUCUAUUAAAAUUUCAGAUACAGCUUUACAAAAAGUUCAAACUAUGUUAAAAGAUGAAUUGAAUGAAUCAUCAACAGCAACUAAAGAUAUAAUUAUUACAAAGACUAAUAUCUGUAAAGGUUUCUCAACAGCUGGAGGAAAAUCUAUUAAAGUAUCAGAUACAGCUUUAAAAAAAGUUCAAACUAUGUUAAAAGAUGAAUUGAAUGAAUCAUCAACAGCAACUAAAGAUAUAAUUAAUACAAAGACUAAUAUCUGUAAAGGUUUCUCAACAGCUGGAGGAAAAUCGAUUAAAGUAUCAGAUACAGCUUUACAAAAAAUUCAAACUAUGUUAAAAGAUGAAUUGAAUGAAUCAUCAACAGCAACUAAAGAUAUAAUUAAUACAAAGACUAAUAUCUAUAAAGGUUUCUCAACAGCUGGAGGAAAAUCUAUUAAAGUAUCAGAUACAGCUUUACAAAAAGUUCAAACUAUGUUAAAAGAUGAAUUGAAUGAAUCAUCAACAGCAACUAAAGAUAUAAUUAUUACAAAGACUAAUAUCUGUAAAGGUUUCUCAACAGCUGGAGGAAAAUCGAUUAAAGUAUCAGAUACAGCUUUACAAAAAGUUCAAACUAUGUUAAAAGAUGAACUGAAUGAAUCAUCAACAGCAACUAAAGAUAUAAUUAAUACAAAGACUAAUAUCUGUAAAGGUUUCUCAACAGCUGGAGGAAAAUCUAUUAAAGUAUCAGAUACAGCUUUACAAAAAGUUCAAACUAUGUUAAAAGAUGAAUUGAAUGAAUCAUCAACAGCAACUAAAGAUAUAAUUAAUACAAAGACUAAUAUCUGUAAAGGUUUCUCAACAGCUGGAGGAAAAUCUAUUAAAGUAUCAGAUACAGCUUUACAAAAAGUUCAAACUAUGUUAAAAGAUGAAUUAAAUGAAUCAUCAACAAUUUUUAAAGAUACAACUAAUACAAACUCUAACUUUUAUGAACAACUAUUGAAUGCUGAAGGUAAAUCUAUUAAAGAAUUUGACAAAUCGUUACAAAAUAAUCAAGUAACAUAUAAAGAUGAUACACAAUUAUUUGAUAGUUCAUUAAAAAUAAUGGCCAUUGCAAGUGAUUGUAAUAAUUUUAACAAAGUCUCAAAAUCAACCAACAAUCCAAAAACUAAAUCAAACUAUUUUGAAACUGUAAAACACGAAGAAGAAUGUACAUUUGAAGAUGAUUUAUCUUUAAUUAACACAGUUGAAAAGUUUGAAAGGGAUCAAGUUGUUUGUAAGCCAGUACUAAGAAAUAAACGUCCAGGAAGUCCUAUAAAUAAAUAUGAAAUUGAUUAUAAAAUAAAAAAAACAGUACAUAAUGAAAGGUGGGAAAUUGACGAGUUAAAUGCUUCAUUUAGUGAUUACUUAUCAAAAAAAUUAAAUGGACCUAAAAUAUUAUUACCAGAAGUGGUUGAUUGGGUCUUACCAAAAAUAUUUACUACGAAACAGUUUCCUGAGAAUGGUGUUGCAAAAGAAUUAAUCAAAUUGAAUGUUGAUAAUGCUAUAAAUUUGAAGUUAUAUUGGGAAAAAAAUUAUAAAUUACCUGAUGGCCGUGAAAAUAAAAUGUACAAUUUUCAAGAUGUAAAAUACUUUUUUUUAUCACACAAUUUUGUUGAUUGCAAACUCAUUCCUAAUGGAUGGAUAGAAAACCAUUUUCGUUUAAUUGUGUGGAAAUUAGCUGCUACUGAAAUUUGUUUUCCUAAUCAUUUUGGAAACAAGUUAUUAACUGCAAAAAAUAUAAUACACCAACUAUUAUAUAGAUAUUAUAGAGAAAUAGAAAAAUGUCAAAGAUCUGCAUUAAAAAAGAUACUUGAAAAAGAUGAAACUACAUCGAAAAGGAUAGUUUUAUGUGUUUCAAAAGUUAAUAAAGUAAGUAUGGCAAAUUUAGCUGAAACGUAUACUAUUGAACUAACUGAUGGCUGGUAUAGUGUUCAAGGAAUUAUUGAUGAUGAGAUGAAUAUGCUUUUACAUAAAGGCAUUGUAAAAGCUGGUACUAAACUAAUAAUAUACAAUGCAGAACUUAUUGGUGCUGGAGAAGGAAUUGACCCUUUAGAUGUUCACAAUGAUGUAAAACUUAAGAUAUCAACAAACAGCACACGAAGAGUACGCUGGCAUACCAAAUUAGGAUUCCAUAAAUACUCUACAUUGCCUAUACCUAUUACAUUAGAAUCAGUUCUACCACAAGGUGGAAUAAUAGGAUCUCUUUCACUUGUGAUACUUAGAAAGUACCCAAUAAUGUUUCUUGAAAAGAAAACAAAUUCAAAAUCUGUUUUUAGGAAUGAGAAAAUGGAAACUAUUGAAGCAGAAAAAUAUAAAGCAUACCAACAAAAGUCAUUAGAAAUAAUUUCGAAUAAGAUAAAAACUGAGUUAAUUGCUGAAAUUGCUUCUAAAACUAGUGUAUCAAAAAAAUAUAUUUCAAGUUUGAAAAAAGAAAAUUUAGAUAAAUUAAAUGUAGAUGAAUUGAGCAAUAUUCUAGAAAAUUCUACUGAUCCACUGGAAAUUCAAUCAUUACUCAGUCAAGAAAAAUUGGAAGCUCUUAAAGAUUUUAAAAAAUCAGAGCAAGAAAGAUUCUAUAAUGAACUUCAAAAUAGAGCCAAUAGAGUGUUUAAUGAUCAAUUUAAAGAUGCUCGUAAAGUAAUACCUAUGAUAAAGUUACGUGUGGUUGAUAAAAAGAAUGUUUCUACUGGUUUUAAAGCUGCUUUACUUACAAUUUGGAAUCCUUCAGAGGAUGUCAGUGAUAUCUUGAAUAAAUCUACUGAAGGACAAUAUUGUACAUUCCAACAUAUUACUACUAAUGGAUUUAUAAAUGGUGAACUACAAUUAUCAACCAACAAAAAUACUCGUUUUAAUUUUCAAGGGUAUACAGAUGAGUAUGUAAAACGUGAUGUAGUAAAUUUUAAAAAUAUUUGGUCUGGUACAUUUUUACCACUUUUUGAUGAAUUAGAUAUUGUUGGUAUUGUAGUAUCAAAUGUUAUUAAAAAUAAUGCUUAUAAUGAAAUCUAUGUAUCAGAUAAAGAAAUGAAUAUAAUCAGUAUUUUGUUCCGAGGCAAUAUUAAGGAUUAUGGAUAUGAUGACAUGAUGCACCCUGGCAGUAUAAUAUCGGGAAUCAAUAUUAAAUUUAAAGGAUUCAAUCAUUUAUCUUCUAUGCCUAAGUUAUAUAAUACAGAGCAAUCUUUAUUUACAACAAAUCCUAAGACUGAUUAUAUUUUGAAUAUUUUUGAUGAUUAUAAAAUAUUUAUGAAAAAGCCUGAAAAUCAAGAUUUUUUGGUAUGCUGCCAAACUAAACUUAGUGAAAUUUGUAAUAGACAUGGACAAACAAUAACAAUAAAUAAUGACCAAUGUUUAAAUAAAUCAAGAAAUACAUUGCAUAGGUCUUAUGGUGAAUUACCUGUCAAGGUUGUGAAAACUUCUAAUACAUCUCAAUCUGAAUUUUCUCCUGUUCAAAAAAGAAUAAAAUUGCUGAAUGCUUAUGGAAAAACACCACCAUUAAAUAUUGUUCACACUAAACCUCCAAAUAAAAAACUGUUGGGUCAAUUUAAAACACCAACCCGAUUAUAAAUUUAUAUAUUAUAUAAGUUCAACUAUUAAUUUAAGUUAAAAUAAGUUAUUUAUGUAAUAAAUG